AGUCUAUAAGGAGCAGUUCUUGCAGACUUGCCUGUCAGUUGUGUCGCCCUCACCAUUCCCGUGCGUCUAUCGGAGAGGCCACUGCAAGCAUUGCUGAAUAGCGUUAUCAUUAAGACGAAUAACAGCAGCAGCAGCGGUAGUAGUACGACAGCAUUGUUUUACAAUAGCCCCCAGUAGUCAGCGGGGGGUUAUCUUGUCGAUGCAGAGUUUGUAGAACAGUCAGCAGGGCAAAUUAGUCAACCGUAACUCUCCGUAUAUAAAUGUUAAACAGUAGAAUUACAUCGUAUGACAACCGAACUAUCCAACUUGUGCGCUUUAAUACGAACGCAGAGCUCAGCAAACCCAAAUCAACAUUAAGAAUAAUCUGACCUAAAUAAGCCGACGACGUGCAAAAUAGCCUCAUCAGUAACUGUCACUUAACAAACCAAACAACAACAAAAAUACCCCGCGCGUAAUAAAGCAACACUAUUUAAUACAAAGAGAAGCGGCAAGAGCAGCAGCAGCAGGAGCAGCAGCAGCAGCAGGCAGCAGGCAUCAGCAGGAGCAGGCGGCGUCUGCGUAGCUAAACGAUGCUGCCCAUGGGAGUCCCAAUCUGCUGGACUCGCAUGGCACUGCUAGUCCUGUGCGCCAUGGCCCCGAAUCGAGCUGGCAGCCCCUGGGCUGCUACCGCCGCCGCCGCCGCUGCCGCCGCCGCUGCCGCCGCCGCUGCCACCUCGGCCGGCGGCGGUGGCGGCGGCGGUGGUGGUGGUGGUGGCGGUGGCGGCGGUGGCUCGGGGCUGGUUCACUGCGAACCGUGCGACGAGAAAGCCCUCGCGCAGUGCGACCCGCCGAGGGGCUGCGAACUCGUGCGGGAGCCCGGCUGCGGCUGCUGCAGGACCUGCGCGCUGCUGGACGGGCAGGCGUGCGGCGUGUACACGGAGCGCUGCGGCUCGGGGCUGCAUUGCUCGCCGCGAGCCGGGGAGGAGAGGCCCCUCCAGGCGUUGCUCGAGGGUUCCGGGGUGUGCAGAUCCCGCCAGCACCCCCAUCACCAUCACCACCAGCAGCAGCAGCAGCUGCAGCACUCGCCGCUGCAGUCGAACGCAGACGCUGGCGACGCGAGGGACGAUCCCUCCCCCGCCGGGCAGGCGGAGGAGGCCCCCGCCGGCGAACCCGCGGAUUCCCCCGUCGUCCAACUAGGGCCCAGCCGCCAGCGCCCGGCGCACAGUCACCACCGCUCGAAGAAGGAGCGCUACCGCGUGCUGGCGGAGAACACGGCCAUGAACGUGCACUCGGCCGAGGCGAAGCAGGACACCGAAUACGGCCCGUGCAAAAGAAGGAUGGAAGGCGUUAUCAAGCUGUUUAAAGAAACGACUUUGCUCAACCCCAAAGGCAUCUACAUCCCGAACUGCGACCGCAAGGGCUUUUACAAAAGAAAGCAGUGCAACCCGUCGAAGGGCCGCAAGCGAGGCCUCUGCUGGUGCGUCGACCGCUACGGUGCCCACAUCCCCGGCUCGGAGCACGUGGGCGGCAGCCAGAAAUGUCUGGGCGUCGUCGAGAGGGACUGAAGAGGAGGAGGAGGAGGAGGAGCGAGGAGGAGGAGGAGGUGACGAUGACAACGGCGGUGGUGGCAGUGGUGGCAGUGGUGGUGGUUGUUGUGAAAGUCUUCGGGGGGGCGGGGGACACACACACACACACAAGGACAGUUGUUCAAAUGUCGACAGGAGUAGAGACUGAGGGGGCGGUUUUGGGCGAUUGAGCCUCGAAUUAAAGUAAUGGUUCACCUUCAAACCGGCGCACUCGACCGCACGCGACUUUUGUGUCAGCAAGGUGCAUUUUGGCUUGACUUUUUUUUGACUCUUUUAUUUCCUUGCAGCAGCAUUGCCUUCACCACCCCUCUCCCUUUUGCUGGAGUCGAUCAGCUCGACAUUUGGUGCGUGACAAUUUCGUUAAACCAUCGGUCAGAACGCUCGGUUGACGAGACGCGAUUCUAAACGAAUUGAAGUGAUGUUCGAGGCUCACAAUGGCCGUGUCAGUGCACUGAGCCAGCACUGCUGUGAUAUUUGAUUCGAAUCCGAGAAAACAUCCUGUGAUCAAAAUUAAAGUUUUCUAGUCUCGUGAGGUGAUGGUAAAAGCUGGUCACUGAAGACUGCGCAAAACCCGAUUGUAAAAAUUGUGUUUUUGUUGUCUUGAUUUAGCAUAGCCCAGCAAUGCCUGAUAACACGUUAAAUACAUCAUAAGCUGUCCUUGUGUAAUGGUUAACACGCUGGACAGAGGUCGCCGAUUCAAUCUUCGCGGUGUGGCAGCUUGAAAGUUGUUGUCUUUUAAUCCCCCUGAUCUCUGUCCACCCAGUAGCAUAAACGGGUACACCACGGUUAGUCCAUCAGUAGGUCGGGUGGGGUGGGGUAAAGUGUGGGUACUCUCAUCUCUUCUAGGAGGUGUGGUCAUCGUGGAAGAGUAGGCCAAAAAAACCCUCUAGGGGGGCUCUCAAGAGCUUCCUCAGGUCGAGUACCUUCUACCAGCGUGGGCGUGAGAAAGUAAUUUCAAGGCCUGCACUUCACCAUUUGCUGCAUCAGAUGAUUGAUUCAUUGAUUGCACGUGAAGCAACCCAGCGCAGAGCGCGAAUGAGCGCCAUCUAUGAGUGGAUAAGAGGUGGGGAGGCCAAUCGGAGUGGCACCAGACGAGUUCAUCGGCUGCAUCUCCCAGGGCCUGCACCACGAAAGGAUGCAGUGCUCCCUACUGACUGCAGGAACUCCAGGGGGACGGGUCUUCCUUACUUGCACGACACACUUCUGAUGAGUUACGAUGGUAAAACAUAACGAAACGAAUGUCAGCCUCAAAUGUAGCCACUGACAGACGAGGGCUUUGGAAGAUCAGCAUUUUGGAAGUUGAACGUCUUUAUGAGACGUGGAGAGCGAAGGGUUAGGAGGAGGGGGCCGAGAGCGGCCUUUAAACAAUCCAGUGUAGUUUGCAGAGACGCUAUUUCUUGAGUAAAUCUACAAUGCGUGCCAUAUUUCAGACGCAACCUGUGCCAAGCUAGGUUGCCCUUCUAUCCUCUGCAAUGCAACGGUGGGCAAAUACGCCGAGCGCUGCGAUGAUAUAUUUUGGUGGAUCUCAACGGGCUCCGCGAUCCUCCACUGAGCGAUGAUCGACAGUUGCCGCUGAGGAGUCUAACAAAGAAGUAGCGCCAUCUAUUGGAAUAAAUAUUUUUGGUUUCAUGUCUGUAUUCUUGAGUCGGGUUUGGAGAAUUUUUUUUAUUUUUUCCAUCGGCUGGAACAAUAAUUGUUGUACCCUCGUUAGUGCCGGAUUAAGCUUUGUGCGGGGCCUGUAGCAUGAUGUUAUAAAUGGGCCCUAAAUAAAUAUAAAAACCGCAAAUAUUAAAACACAGAUUUUUCACUUGCAUAUUAAAGUAAUUGUACUUUUUUUUCAUUUGCUAUACAGCCAAAUAAUACGACGAAUCGCUCACCUUAAACACCCAGUCGUUUCUAAAAGUUGGAGGCGGUAUAGUACUAUAGUAAUAGAGCAAGUGCAGAAUCACCUAACCGGAAUUGAUAGCUUGAAAGCAUUUAGCGCGGGGCCCAUGAAAGUGCGGGACCCGUAGCAUAUGUAGCUACUUGUGCUACUAGGAUAAUACGACACUGACCCUCGUGUGAGCAUUUGUUCCGAGUUCCACGACAAAAUAUUUUGCCGUCAACGUAUUGGCCACCGCCGCUGCAAUUCUCGUCACUCCGCAGGUAUCCUUGCGAUUCGGCACUUGCGUUUGUAAAUUACCAACAUGGUUCUAUUUUGACGGUCUAUAUCCACGGUAAGCGUUACCACUGCUGUUUAAACACACAGAGAACGUCACGUAUAGGCUCUACCGCUUUGGGUUGCUGUGGAUAAUCGAUUGCUUUUUUCAAAAGUCAAGUCAAAGUGUCUCUCUGCUCAGUCGAGCAUUGGACAGCGCACAUUUCCAUUGACAGCCCUGAGCUCAUGGUGGCAAUUCCACAUUCCCACGAUACGGGAUAGUCUCUCCACAGGGCAGUCACUGUUGAUUUCCCACACAAAGUGCCAAUCAUUUGAUCGACACGAUAGGAUUCAUGUGAACGAUGGGCUUAGCUAACUCCCAAACCGGAUUUGAACGUGCAACUAUUAAAGAGUGUAAAGUUGAAUGCUUUUAAGCAGAGUGAAUCACGUUUCACCACCACUCCUCCCACCUUGCCGCCAAGUCCUUACAGUCAUUAUCAGACUUUACAACUUUGGCUUAAUGAUAAAUGGGGGGGGGGGGUGCAUUAUAUUAUCAAUAACUAAAGGGGGGCAGGGUGGGAGGGGGGUUAUUGGAGCUAUGGGGCAGAAAGGCUAAGAGUUGGAUAAAAGCAGAGUGUCUGUGUCCGCGGGUGGCAUAAUCGCUGAGAUGGAUCUGACGUGGAUCGGUCACGCAGAGUGCAUAGGUCCGAGAUUAUUAGGAGCGCCUUUUAGCAUUUCACCAUAAUUGCGCAGAAACACUAUUUCUAAGUCGAUCUACAAUAUUAUUAAUGUUAUUAAUUGAUGCAAAAAUAUUUUUUACAAGCCGCUGCUGUUUGAGUAGUGGUGCUGGUUCGAAAGAGGCUUGCAUGAACCUGCACAAUGUGUUUUUUUAUAUUAUAUUUUGACAAUGAUGUGCAAAAUGCGGAUAUAGUAUUUCCACAUUGUUGUAGUGUCUAUAAUAUUGUUUUUUUUUAAAUCGCGGACUCUUUUUUUAUCACGAAUAACCCAAGUUCCACACUCUCCACCUGUCUCAAUCGUUGUACCACAAAGUGCUAUUUUCUGCUGUUGUUGAGUUUUCCAUUGAAGAUAAUUAUUGACGGCUGUGCUAUGGGCAUAGAUGCUUUCGCAUAUAACAGAGGAAGCGUCCCUGCAGUGUUGUGAAUAGCAAGGCAUUAGGCUCCUGUACUCAUCGCCUUGUUUGGCUGGUGACCUUCCUACCAUUUAAGUUGUGGUAAAAGACACGAGCUGAAUUAUGAGGCCUGGAUAAUGCUUCUGUUAACAAAGCGCAAAUAUCUCCAUGCGUAAUUGGCCGUUGGGUGAUGCUCAUCUCCAUCAAGUGGCCCCCGAUCUAGCAGUUGGAAUUGCACGUUACUAUGGCUGGGGCCAGUGCAUCCAUAAAACAAACACUUGUUCGCUUCCCAUAAAGUGCGACUUUUUGUAUCGACCCUCGAGGGACGAUGGAGGGCUGAGUUGACCCAUCGAGUGGAAUGCGAGCUUGUAACCUUCCAAUUGAGUCAACCCAGCUGGGAUAACGUUAUUUAGCCACUGGCUGUAAAACACAGGACGACAGGAGAGAGAGAGAGGUGUUGCGUUAUGAUGUGGAUCGAAUGCCACUGCACGUUAUAGUUUGCAUCUGGUUGCAAACAAUUAAUAAGGCGCAUGUUUUAUUGUGAUGAACACGAUCGUUAUAAUUUUUUGCAUUUUUUUUAACCAAUAUGAACGAUGUAAAAUAUGUCCAAUAAAAACCCGUUUCUCUUUUUGA